AUGACCCCCCCUCCCCGGCAGCGUCAGGCCCACUCAAUAGCGUCGUCGGUGCCAACAAAGGCCACCCAACAAACCCUCGCUCGCCGUCUUCUAGUCCCUCCUCAUUCCAAUGAAGACCUUCCGCAGCUGUUGUCAACGCCAGGGUUACUCCCGGAGCUCACAGCCGAGUUGUACGACUUCAUUGCGCUCGCGCUGCGAGCCUAUGUAAAUCCAUGGUGGACAAAGCUCACCCGCUACGAUAAAGAGUUUCUUCCACAUAUCAACAAGAUCAUCGUCCAUGUCAUUGGAAACCUGGAGGAGCGCUUGAAGGCCGUCGACCUUCCUGCUCUUGUCUUUCAUGACCUUCCUUCCAUCAUCACCCAGCACUAUGUCGACUACCGCAAUGCUCAGUCCAAACUAUCUACUUCGUAUGCAUGCGGUGGGGCAUCGUCUCUGUCUACCUUGUUUGCCCAGAUGCAACCACAUAUGGCGAUUUCGCCCGACGGCAAAAUCGACCCCGAAUACUAUCGCCAAAUCUUUGACCAGGUAUUGAAGCUCUGCCUUCCCCCAGAAGACUACGAGCCAGAAGUAGAACGUACGAUAGUACGAGAAAUCCUGAUCAAGGUUUUUGUCAACGACGUGAUACCCAAGAUUAGCCAACCUUGGUUCAUUCACAAGUCCAUCCUCGAUCUCAUCGGGCCCCUCGAGGAAACCCUGUAUUCACCGCCGCAGACAUCGCAGAACUCAACCCAGGAAUCUUCUUUCUUUCAUAACUUCGUAGUGGUCGUCCUCUCCGCGCUCCAGUCCUUCUCUGGCAUCUGCCUGGCGCUUAUGCACUCUUACAAGCAGACUGUCAACACCAUCAAAAUGGUCAACCAAUCUCCAAGCCACAGCCCACGACCUGACCCAGCACCGUUUGAGUUAAGGCAGCCUAAACCAACCAACCUCCGCCUACCUCCGUCCCUUGCCAACUCGCGGUCCUUGUCCACGACGACCACGUCAACCGUCGCUUCAAUCAAUGACCCAGAAGCCAACUUCGUCCCACUUUUGCCUUUGCCGCCAAGGGAGUAUAACAACUGUGCGGGUCCCCCACUGGCCAUGAUUUGUGAAAUCAUCCGUUCAGAAGAUCGAUUUUCUUCAACCUUACUUUUCACGACAAUCUCAAUGGUCUCGCUUUCAAUAUCCACGUUCUUGGACAAACUUUGCCAUCAUCUUCUUUACCAAUUUUUGUCGCCUGCUUUCAUUCUCAACAUAACUCGAUUAUCGAAACGCACCCUGUUCCCCAACGGGUAUCCAGGACCUCCGCCCGUGGAACCUACUGCCGAAGAGCAAGCAGAGCUGCGCGCACGACUUGUCGCAUGGAGACCGAAGGGCGCCUUAGACCCACUUAGCGAGGCGCAAUGUAAUACUCGGCUCGUCAUAUUUGUACUGGACAGGAUACUAUUGGCUUUAUUCCCCGAGUUGCUUGGCUGA